UCUUUUGUGCAUAUAAUGGUCGUGCUUGAUAAUCUGUUUGUGGUGAAGAUUUGCUUUCAGAAAUGUCUCACUGUCGGGCUCGACGACUUCGUGUGGGAUGUGAAGCGAAAACUUCUCGCCACACUGUCGCAGCCUUUGUCCCAAGCAUUCAACUAUGGUCUUUUCCUUCCACCUUGCGACGGACGAGCUGGAAAAUUUCUUCUAGAGGACCGAGUUGUUCGCGACUAUCCUUUCCACGACUGCGUGCCGUACUUAGAGCUCAAAUACAAAAAGCGGGUCUACAAAAUGCUGAAUCUUGACGAGAAGCAUUUGAAAAGCAUUCAUAGCAAGUCAACGCUGAAGAAGUUCAUGGAUUACGUGCAGUCGAAGAACGCCGAGAAAGUGGAAAAACUCUGCGCUCAGGGCUUGGACGCGAAUUUCCACGACGCGCAGGGCGAGACUCCACUAACUCUGGCGGCUGGAAUCCCGUCUAAUCGAGCCGUACUGGUCGCUCUUGUCGGUGGAGGAGCGCAUAUUGAUUUCAGGAAUUCUGAAGGACAGACGGCGAUGCAUAAGGCGGCAUUCCUAUCGUCUUACGAUAACGUGGAGACGCUUCUGGAGUUGGGAGCCUCGCCGAACUAUCGAGAUCCUAUUGGGCUCACCCCACUGUACUACAACAUGCUCACCACCGACUCCAACGAUCAGGUAGCCGAGAUGUUGCUGAGAGAGGCAGCAGACUUAGGCGUGACAGAUAUGCACGGAAAUCAUGAAAUUCAUCAGGCCUGCAAAAAUGGAUUGGCUAAGCAUGUGGAACAUCUUCUUUUCUACGGUGCCGUCGUCGACGCGGAGAACGUGAAUGGGAACACGCCGCUCCACGUCUGCUCCGUCAAUAAUCGACCCGAGUGCGCUCGAGUGCUUCUGUUCAGAGGUGCGGAUCACCUGUCGGUGAACAAACAGGGUCAAACAGCUCUGCACGUCGCUCACAUCGUCGGUACCACGGCCGUCGCUGAAAUUAUCGCCUCGCACAAUCCGUCCAAUAUUGUGCCUUAUCGCGGCACUCCUCAGUACUCGACACGACGGCGGUUGUCUUCAGCUCUUUCCAAGCGCCGUUCACUCAGUCAAACAUCUUUAUGUAGUCAGGACAUUUACGGAACUCCCAAAGAGCAGCGAAGAAAAGCUCCUUCAGUUGCCCCUUCACCUACGCCAUCGCGCAUUGGCCGAUCAUCCGUUGUCCCAUCAGAUUACGGCACUAUGCGGAUGUGUAUUUCUGAGAUGGCUCCUGGCCAUGAAGCUAACGUGCCACGAAUCCUGGUAAUUCCCAGAGGUCCAAAGGGCUUCGGAUUCAUUCUAAGAGGAGCGAAACAUGUGAAUUCUUCAUUGAAUUUCGAACCAACACUGUUGUCUCCGGCUCUCCAGUUUUUCGAAGGAGUUGAUAUGUCAGGAAUGGCGAUGCGGGCAGGACUGAGACCAGGUGACUAUUUGCUCGAAAUCGACGGGAUCGACGUGAGGACUGCUAGCCAUGAACAGGUUGUGCAUCUCAUUCAAAAAGCAGGGACCACCAUAACUUUGAAGGUGAUUACCGUUGAUCCGUCACUUCCAAUCAAUGGAGGUACCAUUGUACUUUUAUGUACUUUCGUUUCAGGAGAAACGGAAUAUUAUGCUCCUGGUCAACUGCGUUCCGCCUAUGGAGAAACUCGAUGUGCCUCUGUAAAACAGAGGCAUGGAGCCGGAAGACGAAUCUCAGCAGCUGAGCUCGAGAAUCUCAUGAUACGUCAGGGGGAGCGGCAGAAUUAUCAGCCCAUACUCUAUGACCAGGAUUCAACUGGCUCUCCGACUCCAAAGAAAUACAAUUCUGUCUCGGAUAUGAAGCGUCGUAAACAGAGAACUGUUCCUUCACCACAGGGACUAAUAAGAUCGUACGACUCUCAGUUCAGCCCCAAUAGGCUUCUGUUUAAAAUAGUUUGUGCUGGUUCAAAUAUAGCUCCACCCGCUCCACCACCACCACCUCCAAAUUUGUUGAAUAUAUCUUCUACAUCCACCACUUCGGUGGGCAUCACGAAAGCCGGCAUAUCGGUGGAAGCAAUUCGCUCAGUGGCCCUAAAGAAAAGAGAGGUAUGGAUUUUAAUAAAUUUCGACUUAUGUUUUCACAACAGUCACGAAGAAAUUACAACCAGAAUUGUGGGCUUUUCGUGGAUUUCAUCCAAAGAUCUAUCGCUACUCAAGCACGUACUGAGCAGUUCACAGUUGAACUUUUUCAGGUACACUUCUUCGCGGACGUCAUUGGAGCCUUCAGAAUUCGGUGAAGAUCGUGCGGAUCGCCCUCACUUCUCCAUCGACACCUCCACAACGAGGCACAACGUGUCGCUGAUAAGCCAGAACAUCGAAGACAAUUACGGCCCUCGGAAGAACGUCGACAACGUGCGUUUCCUGGGUCUGACAUAUCGAAAAACUGAGAGAUCCGUGUGA